AUGGUCAAUAUAGAAAUAGAUAUACCAUAUGCGGAAUCUUCUAAAAAUGCUGCUAAAAAAGCAAACGAGGACAUAAACAAAGAGCAACCGAAAAAAACCAAGGACCGAUCUUCAAACGGCCAUUUCAAAACUGAAUUAGAAAGAUUCCUUAAAGAUAAAGGUCUUGAACCUGCAAUCCAAAGUGCUGUUAAAAGAAUGACUCGAAUUGUUUUUGAAGGCUCUCGGUUGGCUAACCAAACAGCACUUUAUCACGUAGCACUUG